AUGCGUUUCUUCUCCUUAUUUGCACUGGCAGUCACGGCCGUUCAGGCCGCCGAUGACGCAGGGCGCCAACGCGUUAGCCUCAACGAAGGGUGGAAAUUCUCGCGCUUCACUUCCAACCCUGACUCCCUUUCCUACGACACGUUGAAAGACUGGAUCCUGCCCUCCGGAAACGACUUUAUCAAGGGCUCCAAACACGACACGCCUUCUGACAGCGCGCCGGGAAGCGAUGUACAAUACGUCCAAGCCACAUUCGACGACAGCGAGUGGGAAGAUGUGGAUGUCCCCCACGACUGGGCCAUCAAGGGGCCGUUCAACGCGCCUGGCGUCAGCGGUGGCAUGGGCCGUCUUCCGACAAACGGCGUGGGGUGGUACCGCAGAAAGGUGUCUCUGGACGCUGGAGAUGAGGGGAAGUCCAUCUUCUUGGACAUUGACGGCGCCAUGUCCUACUCGGCCGUGUGGCUCAACGGCGAGCUCGUGGGCGGCUGGCCGUAUGGGUAUGCCUCGUUCCGCCUGGACCUGACAUCCCGCUUGAAGGUUGGCGAUGACAACAUUCUUGCGAUCCGGCUGGACAAUGUCCUGGACAACUCCCGAUGGUACCCCGGGGCGGGUAUCUACCGCAAUGUGUGGCUUGUCAAGACCAACCCGACGCACGUGGGCCAGUUUGGAACCUACAUCACGACCCCUGAGGUGUCCGAGGACGCGGCGACCGUCGAGCUGGUUGUGGAUGUCCAGAACGAUGGCGACUCUGACCAGGAGGUGGACGUGGUCACGGAAAUCCACACCAUCGAUGCCAUUGGAGGCACCCCCGGAGACGAGGUUGUAGCCACCUUUGAGGAGGCUACCGUCUCCGUCCCCGCCGGUGAGAAGAAGGCCGUCAACGGCACUGCAUCGGUAACGAAACCCCAGCUUUGGGGCCCAGUCCCAGAACAGAAGCCGAACCUGUACGUCGCGAUCACGACGCUCUCGGUCAAUGGGACGGUCGUCGAUACUUACCAAACGCCCUUUGGGAUCCGCACCAUCACCUAUGACCCAGACCGUGGCAUCGCCGUCAACGGACAGUUCCUGAAAAUCCAAGGCACCUGCAACCACGGCGACCACGGCUCCCUCGGCACGGCGUUCAACCUCCGGGCCGCCGAACGCCAACUGACGGGGCUCCAAGAGAUGGGCAGCAACGCCCUUCGUACCUCCCACAACCCCCCCGCCCCCGAGAUUCUGGACCUGGCCGACCAGCUCGGGUUUCUGGUGCUCGACGAAAUCUUCGACUGCUGGAACGGAGCGAAAGCCAAAAACGACUUCCACAGCAUCUUCCCUGACUGGCGCGAGCCCGAUCUCCGCGCAUUCCUCCGCCGUGACCGCAACCACCCGUCCAUCAUCGCGUGGAGUUUCGGCAACGAGAUCGCCGAGCAGACAUCCUCCGAAGCCGGCGAGACCGCCAAAGUGCUCCACGACAUCAUCCACGACGAAGAACCAACCCGUCUCACGACGGUAGCCAUGAACGCAGCGGGGCCCGACAGCGCGCUGGCGAGCGUCGUCGACAUCAUCGGCCUCAACUACCAGGGCGAAGGCCAAGGCGGGUCCCCCUACGGCUCCUUCGGCGCCUUCCACAGCAAAUUCCCCCAAAAGGUCGUCUGGAGCACCGAGAGCUCGUCCGCCCUCAGCACCCGCGGCACCUACCUCUUCCCCGUGACCUCCUCCAACAGCGCCACGGUCGGCGACGGCUCCGGCGGCGAUUCGUCCGCCCAGCAGGUCAGUGCCUACGAGCUGUAUGCCACCUCCUGGGGUUCGUCCCCGGAUAAAGUCUUCGCGGCGCAGGACAGCAACGACUUUGUCGCGGGCGAGUUUGUGUGGACCGGCUGGGACUACCUGGGCGAACCGACGCCGUAUGACGCUGCGCGGAGCUCGUAUUUCGGGAUCAUUGACCUGGCCGGGUUCAAGAAGGACCGGUUUUAUCUGUAUCAGGCUCGGUGGCGGUCGGAUCUGGCCAUGGCCCAUAUCCUGCCGCACUGGACGUGGUCGCAGGACCGGGUCGGCCAGGUGACACCCGUGCAUGUGUUCUCAUCCGGGGAUGAAGCCGAGCUGUUUGUCAAUGGAAAGUCGGCUGGGCGGAUCAAGAGGGACCAAGGGGAGUACCGGUUCCGGUGGGAUGAUGUGGUGUACCAACCGGGCAACGUGAGCGUGGUGGUGUACAAGGGAGGCGAGCAGUGGGCAGUGGACUCCAAGAAGACUGUUGGUGACGCUACCGCGUUGAACGCCACGGCCGACCGCACGACUAUUGCGGGGAAUGGGUAUGACCUGUCCUUCAUCACGGUGGCUGUUGUCGACGAGAACGGGGAUACCGUGCCGUAUGCCGAUAACGAAAUUACCUUCUCGAUUGAGGGCCCUGGCCAGAUCGUGUCGACAGACAACGGCAAGCCUGAUGACAUGACGGCUUUCCCGUCUCUGACACGGAGUGCGUUCAGUGGCCUAGCGUUGGCUGUUGUCAAGGCAGAGAAGGGUAGUUCGGGUGAUAUUACCAUCACGGCUUCUGCUGACGGGCUUGAGACUGCCAAGGUAACCAUCCAAGCUAGUUAG